AUGUUGAUUGACUAUGCUUGCUUUGGAGAAGUAAUUUCACUUGAUACAACUUAUUGCACGAAUAGUAAUCACAGACCUCUUGCAAUUUUCUCUGGCUUUAACCAUUACAAAGCAGGGGUGAUUUUUGGAGUGGCAUUGUUAUAUGAUGAGACCAUCGAGACAUUUAAAUGGCUCUUUGAGACUUUUCUAUGUGCACAUAAGAAUUUAAAGCCUUUAACAGUUUUCACUGACCAAGAUGCUGCCAUGGCACGAGCAUUACAAGAAGUGAUGCCAGAUGUAAAGCAUGCUUUGUGCACGUGGCAUAUUUCAAGAAAUGCAAUGAAGCAUCUUCCAAAUUCAAUGGUUAGUGAUUUCAACAAGUGCAUGUAUCAUUGUUGGGAUGAAAUAGAAUUUGAAGAAGCUUGGCAAAUAUUAUUAUCAAAAGAAAGUAUGACAGAAAACUCAUGGUUGAUGUCUAUGUACCAGAUAAAAGAGAAAUGGGCAGCAUGUUAUAUGAAGAACAUAAAGACACUUGGUAUGAGAAGCACACAAAUUAGUGAAAGUGUCAAUGCAUCUGUUAAAAAAUGUACCAAUGUUCUAUUGGAUAUCAAUCGAUUCUUGCAUCAAUUUGAACAAGUUUUAGAGGAGAAACGCUACAAUGAAUUGAAAAGUGAUUUUGAGGCACGUGACAAGGUGCCAAGAUUGAUAUUGCAGAGUUCAUGCAUGCUUCAUCAACUUUCUGAUGUCUAUACUCGACCUAUUUUUGACUUGUUCCAGCACCAAUAUGAUCAACGUGAAGCCACAUGUAUAAAAGAGAGAAAAGAAAGAAAGAAAAAUGAAGAUGAGGAAGACAGUGUCAUCGUGUUUGAUUAUGUUAUCACCAUGUAUGAUAAGAAGAGGGAGUUUAAUUUAACAUUUGAUCCUUCAACAGAGACGAUCAGCUGUAGUUGCAAAAAGUUUGAAAGAGUGGGCAUAUUAUGUUGUCACGCAUUGAGGGUAUUGAAUGAACGUGAUGUCAAAUUACUCCCUCAAAAAUAUAUUAUAAAGAGGUGGACAAGAGAACCACGAUGUGGUGCAGUGUAUGAUAUUAAGGGAAAUCAGAUUGAAGUUGAUCCUAAAAUGCAAAGAUCAAAUCGAUAUAGACAAUUAUGCCCCUUGCUUGUUAAGUUAGCAAGUGAUGCGUCAGAAAGUCCAGAGGCAUUCUCUCUUGUCCAUGAAGCUGUGUUGGAACUUAGUAAGAAAGUAACUGAGCUGCAUAUAAAAUAUCUUUCAGAUGGCAACAAUAGUAGCAAGGAUCAUGUGGAGAAUCAUGAUGGUGAUAAUGAUUGUAGAAAAGUUGUUGGGUUUAAAAAGAGAUACGGUAAAAAGACAAGUAAACGGAUAAAGAGCUGUGUUGAAACUCGUCCAAAGAAACGAAGAACCUCUAAGAAACCUCUUCAAGCUUCGCAUUUAGUGAAAACUUCGCAGGGACAAGAUAGUCAACUUCAAAAAUCUAGCUCAUCAACUCAAGUACAACAUGAUCAUAUGAUGUUGGAUAACUCUCAGCCAAGUCAAAUGACUUUCACAGAUUUGUUGACGGCAUCACUUGACUGCGACAUGACUUCCUUUGAAGCAUUGGAUUUUAGCCAAACAUAUAAUGAUGGUUCAAUGAUUGACUUAGAUCCUCCUGCAUGA